AUGGCUCGAGAGAAGGUGGCGCCCGUCUACGCGAAGAUAGUUCCCUCAACGGUAGCCGUAAUGGUUCCAUCCGAUGCAGCUCCAGCACAGGUAGCUGGAGCUUCAGCAGAAGUUGCAGCAGCAGCAGUUGCAGCUGCAGCUGCUGCAGUUCCGGCCANUUUAAUUGACGCCUCCGCCGUCCCCAGCAUCACCUCUGUCACCCUGAAGGACUAUACUCCAACAACAACAACAACUGCCGCCGCCGCCGCCGCCGCUCAUCAUUAUCAGCCCAAUUUGCCCCAGCAAUCCCCAGCACCAGCACUUCUAAAUGCUGCAGGCAAUCAUCACCAGCCACUGGUCAAUGAAAUGAACGCCGUCGUGUACUUCAACCACCUGACCGGUCGCUCCACUCUCUACUCGCUGCCGCAACUUCAGCUGUCCACUUCAGCUCUACCAGAGUCAGCUGUAAGGGCGCUGCAGGGCAGUCCUUACUGGAAUGUCGCUCCUGCUCCUGCUCCUGCUCCUGAAAUUAUUUCCGGUCUACCCCGAGCUAGCCCACAGGUGGUGCCGGUGUUUUACGGCCCCUCAGGUGUCCUCAUUCCAUUGCCAGCAGUAAACGGUGGUAAUCAGCAGCAGCAGCAAGGCAAUUCCGUUCAAAAUCAGUUGGAGAUUGAUUGCCAGCGAGUGGCUGACUGGAUUCAAGAUCAGGCGCGGCGAUAUCGCAACAACAGCAGCAAUUAA